AUGUUAAAAACAAACGUAGGUUCAUGUCCAUACUGCGUAAUGUAUUUACUUGGCACUGCCAUCUCUCGUGCCAUAAUCCCGAGAAGUCGAACAUCCGUCAGCCAAUAACCAGCGUUUCUUGCGUCUGUUACAUGCUUAGAUAUUUUUCCAUACUUCACGCAUGAGAAAUUUAUAAUCAAAUGAUUUAUGCCUCGUGAAAUUGGAAAAGAAAAUAUUGAUUGGUAGGUAUCGCUUGUAUCAAACGAUUCAUCCGUUAUGUGAAAUAUCACCUGUGGUAUACCAGCUUACAAUAUGGUGCCGAUACCAAAAGGAAUGUAGCUCCACCAUUAAUUUUUCAUAUUCUCUAUAUAGGCGCACUUACCAACAUAUUACAUAUAAAUUAUUCUCUUCAACGUUUAUGUACUUACUAUGUACACUAGUACCAUGUUAAAUUAAAUUACCUUUAAAUUAAUAAACUUUUUUCGCAUAGAAGUAUUAGUGAUAGCAUGGAUACAGUGAAUGAGAAAAUGCAGAUGCGUUUCGCCUCUAAAAUAAUUCCAUUUCCCGUAUAAAUUAAUCAGAUCGCUAAAAGCGAGUGCAAUUUCUUAAAACGAUCACAAACUUGCUAUUGUUAUUGAUGUAAUGGAGGAUAUACACGUUUGAACUUGGCCUACUCGAUUAUUGCAGUUUGGACAGUGGAGGCGACGUAUGCAAUACUGAUUAUUGGCUGAACGACCAUGGAUUGGCAAACGAACAAGUUUCAAUAUUUUAAAACCGUCAAAUUUUUCGGACAGCUUGUUGGUGUGUGGCCUUAUCAGGAAGAAUUCCCGAAAAUUACAAUGCGACUUGUCACAUUGGUUGUGGUUAUUGCCUGUCUUGCAACUCAGAUAUCACGGGUACUAGUGUUUUACAGCUUGGACAUACUGUUAGAACAAAUGCCGCAUUUGGAUGUAACAUUAAUACUUGUUCUCAAGCAGUACAAUUACAUUCUGAACGAGAAGAAGUUGAAAGAACUUUUAAGCGAUAUCAUCGCCGAACGUUUGAUAGAACGACCAACGAAGGAAUUAGAGAUUUUGGACAUGUACUCUCAGAAGGCAAUGAUCUUGUCCUUUAUAUACAAAGUCAGCACAUUUGUCACCGCCAUUAUGUUCGCCCUCAUACCGGUUAUAUCACCUAUUCUGAACAUCGUCGCGCCCUUGAACGAGUCACGGAGCCGCGAAUUUAUCUACCCAGCUUAUUACUUCGUGGACGAAGAGCGAUAUUAUUAUGUUAUAGUAGCGCAUAUGAUAACAUCGAUGUCAAUAAUUGUAGCUGUUUAUAUUGCCUGUGACAUCAGUUUAAUUCUCUUCGUUCAGCAUGGUUGUGCUCUGCUGGCUAUCAGUGGUGGAUACGUAUUCUCAUGGAAUACCAUAAUGAUGAAUGAAACAUCUGAAGAUCAAAAUGCAUGCAAUGUAAUCACUCUCAUAAGAAUUUCUAUAAGUUCGUGAAGAAAGCGCCCAAACAUUUGUAAACAUUUCUUAUGAAUAUACUUGUAUAUGGAAAAUUCAUUAGCAUUGUUAAUAAGAUUUCACAAUUGCGAUUAUACGAGUGAAGCUUGAAAUCUCAUGAAUUUCAAAAUAUGUUUAGAAAUUACAAGAUGUCUAGUACAAGCGUAUAUUUCACACAGGUCAGAAAAAUAUAUGAACUGUUAUUUAUUAUAUUAUUAAUAAGCUCUAACGUUCAAUAACAAUAUAUUUAACAUUUGUUAUACGUUUAAGAUACGUUAUUCACUCUGCAUACGAAUCUCUUCUUAAAUAUAUAUUAAAUGUAUAUUUGCACUAAAUAUCUUAUGAUUUCUAUAUAAAUUUUCAAAUUCAUUUCAAAUAUCAAUAUUGCCACGACAAUCGUAUCUCAUUGUGAUACUAAUGAAAUUUCAACAUGUUUUACGUAACGUGUACAAUACAUACGCAGAGAUCUAUUUCAAUGUAAAUUGUGAUAUUAUUUAUGACUUGACUUAUCUGAACAAUUCAAUAAGUUAUGGUUGUUUUUUAAAGUAUAAGUAAUGUGAUAUCACUAGUAGCAGUAAAAGGUAUAGAAUUAUUAAUCAUGAGAGGAAAGUGAAUUGUUCACGUGCGUAUUAUCGGACGUCCAUUAAUUUAAUGCGAAAUUUCAACCUGGAAUCUGAUCCGUGGUAGCUUAAAUGUUUACGUAACUCAGGGUAUUUUCUCAAGGAGAAGAUAGACGGGGGAUCUAUAGACAAAAUAUCUUUCGUUUAAUCGUACCUUAAUGAAGAAAAUAACGAGAUCAAGAUCCGUAUAGAUCUUUUUAACCUUUUUGUUACCAUUGUUUAAGGAAAAAAUCUACAGUCCAAAUUCCAAAUUUUCAACAUAUUGCGUAAUAUGAUAUAUAUUUUUACGUAUAUAAUAAUAGAAAAUGGUAACCAGACAAUCUAUGCUGCACUCAGAAUGCGUCACAUACAUAUGCGUAACGCCUGGGGCUGUGGAAAGCAAUAGAGCGUCACAUAUGUGAGAGGUGUGGCAGCGAAAGUGUUAAUUAAUAUUUAACUAUUCUUUAUUCUUUUAUACAGACUUGUCUAUACACCCAACCACCCUUUUCCAAGUUACCUUUUUUAAGCUAUUUUUAGUGGAAAUAUCUAAAGCUAUAUCUUAAAUUAAUUAUACUUGCUAAUGAUUCGACAUGAUUUUUUCAGAGGAAAAACACAGCGACAAGAACGCACAUUAAUAUCGAGCUAAAUUUGAUCAACAGCUUACUUGUACAUCGUCAUAAAAGGUAUUUUAAGGGUACAAACUUAACAGGGGUGAAUGAAUGAUUAAAGACCACUUUGGUUUAUGACGGUCGCAAUGGCAGCAGAUAUAGAGUACUUAGUCGCAUUCUUCGUGUAAAUAUUACAUAGCUUAAAUGAAGUAGAAGUAUAGUGGCCGAUCCUGGACACUCAACAAAUUUCACUUUCGUUCAUUAAAUGUCAGUCUUAUAUACUAGCGUGUACUAUUAACGUCAUCAGUUUUCUCUUUACAAUGGACAAAGCCACGGUAGUAGACGAGUAUAUGAAAGUAGUGAAGAUAUGCACUAUGAUUAUCGGAAUUUGGCCUGACCAGAGUAAGUUUUCGAAGCUCGUCAUGCGAACGAUUAUAUACAUCAUUAGUGUACUAUCGUUUGUUACGCAGGUACGUAAAACAAUUUAUAACCAACAAUCUAUACUAACCGUCUUGGUUUACCAGUAUUUUUUCUGCUACACUAAUUAAUAUAACAUCCGUAUUGUAUUGUACAGUAAUCAUUUUUUAUUGUUUUGUGAUUGUUUAUUCUCUGUGAUUGACCUGUAUGAUCGUUCGGAAUCGGUGGGCGUUUGAAUAUGCUGUACCGACUAAUAAAAUUAGCUCAAAGGACCACUCCGUGUUGGAGAUUAAAACUAUGUAUUUCAACAAACAAAUAGAUUAUGUUGUUGACUAAUGGUACAUAACGAUGAAGACUAACUAAUCAAAGACGAAUGAUUAAGAGUGUCAGACGAGUGAUGAUCGAAAGAAGACAGACAACUAAUGAUCGACGAGAGACCUUCAAAUGUCACCUACAAAAAUACUAAUUACAUCAAUUAAUGUCUCCCUCGGAGCCAUUCAACUUUUAUUUGAAACAUUUCUCGAUAUAAUUAACAGUUUCGAAGAUAUUUUAGAUCUCCCACUCUUAGGUGACUCAGCCUGCAUACGAAAAUAUGUAGGAAAGCAUCUGAUCGCGUGCAUUGAACAUUGAAAAUUAGCCUGUCGCGCAUUUGUGGCAGAUAGAAGUCCGGUAUAGCUUUUUAUCCGUAAAGUAGGAAUUAUAUUGUGAUUUGUAUAUCUAUUAUGACCUUGUAAUCGAUGACGUAUGUAACUGCGUGUAACAAGUCAAUUUGUUAGUCGAGAUAUUUUGCUGUUAGUAAUCGAACUCAGUAAUGAGAUAUGAUUAAAUUUCUUAUACUCCGUGAUGCAGGUAUAAGGCCAUAAAAGCGGAGUUUUUAUAUUUAACCAUAUACAUAUACAAGGGUAGGUUGUGUUCCGACAGACUAGGUGUCUUCUGUUUAUCUAUCUCUAUACUGUCUUCUUUUAUCUCCAAUAAUUUUUACAAUUUGUCCUAAGGAACAUUUGACUAAGACAAUUUUGCCAUAACAAUCAAUAGCAUUGGCUCGCGUCUUGAGUAAUUGAUUCUAGAAGAUCUAAUAGAGGCUUAAUAAUAAUUGGCAUCUAUGUAGAUUAGAGGAGGCUUCAAUUGAAUAAAUUUGUUGCAGUUUUUUGAAGAGGUUCGUUUGUAAUUUCUGGAAGUAAAGUGAAAGAAUUUUGGUAUUUCUGGUAACCAUUUACCUUCAUCUGUUAUUGCAUUUGAGGCGUUUGUAAUUCCUUUUAUAAAUAGUGAAAUUUUACGUUUCGUGCUUAAUGUUGAUUAAGAACCAUUAGCUGAUGGUUUAUCAAUUUCCAUUAGGUUCGCUGAAUUUUAACUAUCGUUGCCCUCUUCCUGUUUACAUACUUGCAUUUGUUUGCACUUCAAGUAAUUCUAAGUUGAAAGUUUUCAGUUUAUGACAUUUUGGCAAUACACUUGCCAAGUGAUAAGCCUACUCAAUCUGGCUUAUAUUAGCCACUGACUCUAAUAACACAAGCACUCACAACACACCGCUAUUGGAAUCUCCUCGUGUAGCAUAUCUUAGCAAUACGAUUGUCAAAGCGCGACUACUAUACUAUCAGUAGAAACACAAUGUUUUCUUGUACUCAAUAGAAGUAUACUGCAAUCGCCGCUUCACCUAUGCAGACGAUCAACCCUUAGUCGCACCCUCCAGGUUCGUCCGUAGCGUGAUAUGCCCAUGAGCGGGGUAAAGAAUCUGAUCAUUGGUGGAUAGUAACUAUUAGGGUGGUUCUACUAGCUCAACAUGGGUAUUACGAAGUAUAGAGAACCAUUAGAGUACUCUGCGACUAUCAAUAUAUAUUAUCAAUAUUUCAAAAUUCUCAACUAAAAGCAUCUGUGGCGGCACUCGACAGCACAAAUACCAUCACUCGACACUAACUAAUAUCGGACAACGGCAGCGCAGUGGUUAGCGCCUUAGGUUACGAACGUUCGGAACCUGGGUUCUCAAAUUCCGGCGAGCGGAAUUUUCUUCCACGCAUCUAAAUCAGAAGAAAAAGCAGCAGUACCUCAGCAGCGGCAUCUACAGCCAUCGAUACAAUGAUCACGGACAACAUUUACACCUCACAUCAAAAUUAUAUUUACAAACUACAUUUUCGUUGAGAAUUUUGAGAUAUCAUAACUAUAUUAUUGAUUGUUCGAGGGCAACAUUGCGUUAGGUGCUGAGCAUUUGAAUUCGCUCUUCAUCUAAAAACUCUUUGGAAUAUAACUUUACUGAAAACGAACAAUAACCGACCUUUAAUCAACGAAUUUUUACCAAGUGUCGGUGAAAAUUUAUGGAAUAGCGAAGUAAAAAUAUGCGACACUUCGCUAUAUCGCAAAGUCACAGCUUUUUUAACUUUUUAAUGGCAUUAUAUAUUGAUUCGCAAUUCUUUAUAUGUUAAAUUAAUCGAAUGUUGAUUGUAGAUCGCAAACGUCGUGCAUUUCUUUAACAUGAGCGUCCUACUAAACCAGAUUUGUUUUCUCACUGCGUUAAGCGGGGUAUUGUUGAAAGAAGGACUGUACAUUAUCAAAGCUGCUGAGGUAAAGAAAUUUCUUGCUUCAUUUUCCAUUAUAUUUCUAUCACAUUCUGUAUAAAAAUCACGUGGAAAAAUUUGAUAAGUCCACUUUUAUUGAGAUACUGACUCUUACGUCAUUGAAAAGCUACAAAGAACUAUUCUGGUAUGAAAUAUUUGUAAAAAUGUAGAAACUCGAUAGAUUCGUAAAUUAAAAGCUUUUUGAAAAUGAUGGUGAUGAAUUCAAAAUAUUCUGUAAGAAGAGAAUAACACAAUUUGGACACAAUUAACAAGUCUGCAUAUCGUUAAUGUGUGCUAGCAAAAAUAUUCCUGUACCAGAAAA